UUAACUUGGGAUGACGCAAGUUAGCGGAAUGCAAGCAGGAUGUGAUACUGCAACUGAUGAAAGUGCUGCUGUUGUUGAUGGAAAUGUGCCUACGAAAACUGCAAAACAGUUAGAAAAGGAAGCGAAGAAAGCAGAAAAAUUGGCAAAAUUACAAGCCAAAUUAGAGAAGAAAGCGGCUCAGGAGGCAACACAGGAAAAGAAAGAAAAACCGGAGAAGAAGACGAAAGAUGCGAAGCCAGUAGCAGUUUAUACUUCGAACACUGCGCCAGGCGAAAUGAAAGAUAUCUUUUGUCCCUUACCUGAAGCUUACAGUCCUCGAUAUGUUGAAGCUCAAUGGUAUAGCUGGUGGGAGAAGCAGGGCUUCUUUAAACCUGAAUACGGCCUUUCCAGCAUUUUGGAUGAAAAUUCGAAGGGUAAAUUCGUUAUGGUGAUACCGCCCCCUAACGUUACUGGCAGCUUGCAUUUGGGUCAUGCUUUAACUAAUUCCAUUGAAGAUGCUAUUACUAGAUAUAAUCGCAUGAAGGGCAGAACCACACUGUGGGUGCCGGGUUGCGACCAUGCUGGCAUUGCUACUCAGGUGGUCGUGGAAAAACUUUUGUGGCGUCAACAAGGCAAAACCCGUCAUGACUAUGGUCGAGAGGCUUUCAUUGACAAGGUGUGGGAAUGGCGUCGAGAAAAGGGCGGACGUAUAUAUGAUCAACUAAAAUCGUUGGGUUCCUCUUUGGAUUGGUCUCGUGUAGCCUUUACGAUGGAUCCUCAAUUAGGCAAAGCAGUGACUGAAGCAUUCGUUCGUUUGCAUGAAGAGGGUUGCAUAUAUCGAAGUUCUCGUCUAGUUAACUGGUCAUGUAGUUUACGUUCAGCUAUAUCUGAUAUAGAGGUGGAGAAGGUGGAAAUAUCAGGACGCACUCUUCUUUCGAUACCUGGUUACUCCGACAAAGUGGAGUUUGGUGUACUGGUGAAAUUCGCCUAUUGCGUAGAGGAUUCAGAUGAAGAGUUAGUCGUGGCUACGACCCGCAUAGAGACUAUGCUUGGAGAUACUGCGGUAGCUGUUCAUCCAAAUGACGAGCGCUACAAACACUUGCAUGGCAAAUAUGUUAAGCACCCGUUCUGCGAUCGUCGCUUACCUAUAAUUGCCGAUGAUUUUGUAGAUAUGAAUUUUGGUACUGGCGCGGUGAAAAUCACUCCUGCUCAUGAUCCCAAUGAUUACGAAGUUGGCAAACGGCACAAUCUUCCCUUUAUUAAUGUAUUUACGGACGAAGGUCGUAUUGUUGGUGACUGCGGAAAAUUCAGAUUGAUGAGACGUUUUGAAUGUCGCAAAAAGAUACUAUUGGCUCUACAGGAAUUGGAAUUGUAUCGUGGAUGUGAUAAUAAUCCUAUGGUUGUGCCGUUCUGCAGCCGCUCCAAAGAUGUGGUGGAACCAAUGAUUAAACCUCAGUGGUACGUAAAGUGCAAUGAGAUGGCUGAAAAGGCUACCGAGGCAGUCCGUUCAGGUGAACUGAAAAUUAUUCCAGAACAUCAUACGAAAAUCUGGUACCAUUGGAUGGAUGGUAUACGAGAUUGGUGCGUUUCGCGGCAACUGUGGUGGGGUCAUCGCAUUCCUGCAUAUUAUGUAACUUUUAACGAUGACGGAGUAAUGGGUGGCACACGGGAUAAUAGUGAUUAUUGGGUGGUUGCUCGCUCCAAGGCUGAAGCUUUAGAAAAGGCUUCGGAAAAAUUCCAAGUUGAAGCCCACAAAAUUGUUUUACAACAAGAUGAAGACGUCUUAGAUACUUGGUUCAGCUCAGGUCUGUUUCCAUUUUCCGUAUUUGGAUGGCCUGAUCAAACUGACGACUUAAAGACUUUCUUCCCUACCACUUUCUUGGAGACUGGGCACGACAUUCUCUUCUUUUGGGUGGCUCGAAUGGUCUUUUUCAGUCAAAAGUUACUAGGGCAGUUGCCUUUUAAACAAGUAUAUUUGCAUCCUAUGGUACGUGACGCGCACGGUCGAAAGAUGUCCAAAUCAUUGGGUAAUGUUAUUGAUCCAAUGGAUGUUAUCUACGGUAUAACGUUGGAGGGUCUCCAAGAACAACUAAUGGCAUCCAAUUUAGAUCGCAAUGAGAUUAAAACGGCCACCGAAGGCCUUACCCAAGACUAUCCGAACGGUAUUCCUGAAUGUGGCUCUGAUGCGCUUCGGUUUGCUUUAUGCGCUUACAUAACGCAAGCGCGUGAUAUCAACUUGGACAUAAAUCGGGUGCAAGGCUACCGUUUCUUCUGUAACAAACUGUGGAAUGCUACCAAAUUUGCUUUACUUUAUUUCGUCCCCGAUGAACGAUAUUCCAAUGUUCUCGAACUAGACGGUACUCAGAGCAAGUUUGAUUUAUGGAUUUUAUCACGUUUGGCGGCAGCAAUUGAAGCGUGCAACAUUGGGUUUGAACAGUAUGAUUUUGGUAGUGUUACUUCAGCAUGUUACAGUUUUUGGUUAUACGAUCUAUGCGAUGUGUACUUAGAAUGUUUGAAGCCAUUAUUCCGCAAUGGCACGGAAGAUGAGAAGAAGAAGGCUCGUCAAGUUUUAUUUAUUUGCUUGGAUUUCGGUUUGCGAUUGUUAUCACCUUUUAUGCCGUUCAUAACAGAAGAGUUGUGGCAGCGCUUACCCCGUCAAGAAACUGGACCUAGUAUAUGUGUGGCCAGUUAUCCAGAGAUCACGCCGUGGCGGAAUGUGGAGUUGGAAAAAGAGGUGGAAUUCAUGCAAAAAGCUGCUCGAAUUAUACGUUCCUGUAAGGCCGAAUAUAAUAUACCGAAUAAAACGAGAACUGAAGCUUACAUAGUUUCGAAAGAUGAAUACUCGAAGGCGAUAUUGGAGAAAUAUGCCCAAGACGUGGCCACACUUGCGCACUGCUCCAAAGUGCAGCUAGAACAAAGUCCCCCGGCGGGUUGCGCUAUAUUAUCUUUAAGUGAUAAUUGUCAGAUCCAUUUACUGUUAAAAGGGUUGAUUGAUGUUGACAAAGAGUUGCAGAAAUGGCAAAAAAAGAAAAGCGAAACGGAAAAGAGUAUCGCAGGCUUAGAAAAGCAAUUAGCUAAUUUAAUCGAACUCAAAAAAGAAGUCUGCAAUAUGGCCAAGGAUAAGAUGGAACAGAAUAAGGGCGAACUGGAGCAUAUAAUAGCCACGCUAGACAAUCUAAAACUUAUUCAAACAUCGGAUUGAAGUCUUGGCGUCGCAAGUGAUAUGAAAACUGCUUUCAGCUUGUUAAGUUUAGCUAAAUUCUUUGAUUUGGAGCUUGCUAUACAAAAAGAGGCUUACAUGAUAUCGACGAAAUAAAUGAUAGGAAAAAAUUUCA